AAUUCUCCUUCCCCUAAUCUCUAUCAGCUAAUAGUCACGACCUGUCCUUUCACAUACAGCAAGUGGAACGAUCUUGACAAUGGCGAUCAAAGGCGGCGCACUGCGCCUCGUAAUGAUAGCAGCCUACUUCGUCGCCUUCUGCUGUGCAUCCAUCAUCACUGGAGCAUUUGCUUGGUUCACAGCAACCCAAUUUGGCACCAGAAAUAUCGCGACUCUCGCUCUGGCUGCAAUCACAAUGCUUUACACUUUGACCUGCAUGAUCAUUACUUGCUGCACAGCAGGAAUAUCUUUCUUCGCAGUGGCCAGUCUCAUCUUCGACUUCAUCUUCCUCUGCGCGAUGAUCGCCGUAGCGGCUCUGAACGGCAGCGGACGGCAUGGAUGUGACCGCGGAUCCAACAAUGCCUGGCCAAGAGUCGUCUAUCGAGGAAGCGGAAUAUCUGGUUGCAGACUUUUCGUGGCUAGUUUUGCCGUCGCAAUCAUUGCGAUCUUCAUGUUUGUCGUCACGAUUGUGACCCAAUCGAUCAUCCGACGACGAGGAAACAGAAGCAGGACUUAUGUUAGCAAGGCUUGAACCGUGGAAGAAGAAGAAACCGAGUGGGAAAAUGAGUUGGCUCUCUCUCAUAAAGCCUAGCAAGCGGCAUUUGGAUAACGAUUGACAUGCAUCAGCAUACGAUCCUGUAUAAUGACGACAGUCGAAAGCAUCACAGCCCUUGAUGAGCGAGGACCUUGAGAACUCGGCAUCAUUCAUCGACCUUUCCCAGC